UUUCCCGCUUAUGGCUUGUUUUAGUGAGAUAACAAACAGACUGGGUAGGUUCUUUCCAUAGCAGACUGCACACAAGGAGACAUAGUUGGAUUGGAAAUGUGCAUGCUUCUUUAGACCAUUACAAUGAAGUGUGUGUUCCUGCAUGGAGCUGUUCUCUUUCUUCCCUGUCUGUUGUCUUUAGCAACACUUAUACAUGCGGUGUCAGUGAGGACCUCUAGAUCUUUGCCUGUGCCUGAACCUCUGCACUGCCAGUGGGGACCUUACGGAAGUUGGUCAGUCUGUGAUGGCUGCUCCAAAACACAGACACAGAUCCGCUCCAUCGAAGUCUUCUCUCAGUUUGGAGGUCGACCUUGUACUGGGAGCUCAACCCGCACACAAGAAUGUCAAUCGACUCAGGUCUGCCCCCUAGAGGAGGGCUGUGGAGAAAGAUUCCGCUGCCAGUCUGGGAGAUGUAUCAGUAAGUCUCUGGUAUGUAAUGGUGAUCAGGACUGUGAAGAAGAUGGAUUGGAUGAGCAACAAUGUGACAGUAAAGAGAUCUGUGACAAGCAAAAGCCUCCACCGCAAGUAGAGCUAACUGGUCAAGGGUUUGAUGCAGUGAGCGGGACAGCAAGAGGAUCAGUUAUCAACACUAAGAGCUUUGGUGGUUUGUGUAGAAAGACCUUCAGUGGAGACCAUAAUGACUUAUUCAGACUUCCCCAAAGUGUCCUCAGAUACACCUUCCUGGUGACAGCAAAAAAUGAUUUUUCAGAAGAAUCCUAUAAAAGCUCUUGGCACUACCUUUAUCACGUUGAAAAACAUGAAAAAACACACGGAACAGAUUAUGGGCAUGAUGAUUACACCUUCCAUGAUGAACUGCUAAAGACACAGUCCAAACAUCUGAUGAUCAUUAAGAGUGAUAUGGAAGUGGCCCAGUUCCAGAACCAGGCCCCAGAAUAUCUUCCCCUUUCAGAGGAGUUCUGGAAGGCUCUGCGUUCCUUACCAGUUACGUACAAUUACGGAGCCUACCGAAAUUUGCUAGAGAGAUUUGGGACACAUUAUAUUUCUGAGGGCACUCUUGGAGGUCAAUUCAGAUUAUGGCUUGCAUUCAGCCAAGAUGUCAUUGACAAAUUAAAAACAGAGGAAAGAAACUUUAAACAUUGUGUCACAACGAGCCAUUCAGUUCUAUUUUUCAUCAGGUGGACCACAACAGAUUGUGAUGAAGAUUAUUUUGAGAAAAAAGAACACUUUGCCAACAGCAUAACAGACAGUUUUAGUAAAGCAGAUGUCACUGGUGGAUAUUCUGGACAUAUAGCAAAACUGAAAAUGUUAAACCAAUACACAGCAAAGGAGAAUGGCAAGACGUUCUCCCAGUGGUCUGGUUCAGUGAAGGACUUUCCAAAAGUCAUCAAACAGAAGCUUAGACCUCUGAAUGAGCUGGUGAAAGAGGUGUCAUGUGCAGAAGUGAAGAAGCAUCACUUAAAACGUGCUAUUGAGAAAUACCUGACUGAGAAACAUCCAUGCCACUGCAGAGAAUGCCAGAACAAUGGGCUGCGGGUACUUGUGGAUGAUGUCUGUAAGUGUGUGUGCAAGCCGGGUACUGAAGGUGAAGCAUGUGAGAGGGGAACACCAGCUGAUGAACAGCCAGGAGUGAUCCAUGGAGACUGGGCCUGUUGGUCACCAUGGAACACUUGCAGGGAAGGCCGAAAAAGCCGGAGUCGCACCUGCAGUCGACCGGCCCCUUCAGGAGGCAGGAAUUGUGUUGGAAACACUGUAGAGACGACAGCCUGUGAGGAUGAGAUGGAACUGGAUUACCUACGUACAAUGGAGCCUCACUGCUUUGAUGAUUCAUUGAUGCCCAGGGAAAGUUGUAAAACACCCCCCUCAAUCGCCAAUGGGUUUGUUCUGUACCCCAAAGAUGAAUAUCCAGUGGGCAGUAAGAUUGAGUAUACCUGUAUUGAGGGUUACAACUUGAUUGGAGACCCUAUUGCCGAAUGCCAAGACAGUCUAAACUGGAUGCAAAAUCCAGUAGAGUGCAAGAGAUCAGAAUGUGAUCCUCCUAAGCUUCCUCCAGAUGUCACUGGAAUGCCAUGGAAGCUCAGCUAUAAGAUUGGUGAGGCUGUUUCUCUGUCCUGCCCAGAGAGUAAAAAAAGAGAGGGUCCGGCUAAGAUUCAGUGCAACUUUGGACUUUCCUGGUCACCUCAGCCAAAAGACACCAGAUGCCUCCUAGUGCACACAGUAAAACCGACCCCAGUGCCAGUGCAAUGCCAGCCAUGGGAGAACCUGGCAAAGGACAAAUGUGUCUGUAAAGUGCCCCAUGAGUGCAAGCCAUCUCUGGAGGUAUGUGCCACUAAUGUUGAGCGUGGUCAGACACAGAGACUGAAUCUUUGUAAGGUACAGGCUAUGAAGUGUCUGGGACACCAGUAUACUCUUGCUAAAGACAGUGCCUGCAGGUGGCCAGAUCGGUCUUCCACUGACUGCUCCCACUGCACGCCCUGGGAGAUUUGUGAUGAUCAAACAAACAGCUGCCGCUGCAGGACGCGUGAGGAAUGUUCACCCCUGGACACUUGGAUCCGUGUGUGUGUACAGCUGCGAGAUGUGUCUGCACCAGUGACAAUGACAGAAUGUGAGGUGGGUGUGAGCAAAUGCAAAGGAGAGACUGUUCAUAUUGUCAGUAUUAAACCCUGUCAGACAAGCUAAGAGUCUCACACUUUACCAUUACUUCAUCUUUUAUUUUUGCUACUAUUUUCAAUACAUGUAAUUUUUUUUUAACACUUUGUUAUCUUUUACUUUCAAUUUUAAAAUAUGAUAAUCCAUCAUAAAUGUAUUAUAUUUUUUAAAAACUAUGAUAAUCUAAAUAAAAGUGAAAUAUUCAGAAA